AAUUGUCAGCGAACUCUCAUUUAUGACUUAGAUUAGACAUAUGACUUAUAGAUAAUUUGAUAAACUGUAUUUUGCGUGCAAGUGCUCUGUGAACAUUGGUCAAUGAUAAGGUCAGUGUGUCUCUUACAAUGUAAAUCAACAUGCCAAGAAAGUUACCAUUCCGAGUCAUCCAUGUGUCUGGACAGGAUGAAAGUUACAGGGCAGCAGAGCUUAAUUAUCACAGUCCCCUAACGAAGGGUUGGCAGUCUUCCAGGUAUUGCCUGUACCCACAGGACAUUGUUAUUCAACUAGAAAACCGAUCAAGAUUAAGAAAGAUCCAGAUUCUGUCUCAUCAGUACCUUAUAGCUACAAAAAUAGAAUUUUUUGUGGGGGAUGUUCCUGACGAGCAGUUGCAGGAUCUUGAAAAUGCCCGCUACACCAGGCUAGGGUAUGUGUCUUUAUCUGACAAUGAGAAGACGGGAUACAAGGCGCGAGAGCUGAAGUCUGUACAUGUUGAUGCUAUAGGUCUUUAUCUGAAGCUUAACAUCCACAAGAACCACAUCAACAAAUAUAACAUAUACAACCAGGUUGGUAUCAUUGCCAUCAAUGUGAUAGGAGAUGACAUUAGACGACCCACAGAUCUCACAGACCCAGAUGUAUAUUUGGAUCCUGAUAAGAGGAAGGCCAUUGAAGCAGAUCCAUCUUUGGAAGGACUGUACAACAAGCCAGAUUUCAUUUCUCCAUUAGAUGACCUAGCUUUUGACAUGUACCAAGAUCCAGAAAUUGCAGGCAUUAUCCGCAAGCUCGAGAAGAAAAAACAAGAGGCCGUUUUACAAGAAAGAUUUGAGUAUGCUAAGAAAUUGAAAGCGGCAAUAUCGGAGCUGCAGAAAGUCGGCGAGAAGUUAGGUAAAUACGAAGUGGAGAAACGUCAGGCUGUAGAAAAUGAGGACUAUGACAAAGCCAAGCUAAGAAAGGUCCAGAUGGACGAGUACCGACUACAGGUCUACAAGGAGCUCAACCUGCCAGACCUACUCGAAACAUCAGGGUCGAGGCAUCCACAAGUGAUUGAUUUAGAGCCAAUACGUCAGGCAACCCCUCCCCGAUUACAGGAAAUAUCGUACAGGACCCCACCCCAAACUCCCCCUCCCAGGACUCCCUAUGACGAGAGACCACUCCCAGCCAUGAAAAAUAAAGACUCAAAGCCUACAAGCGAUUCCCCUCCCCCUCCGCGCACCCCCUAUGAUGAGCGGGUCCUACCGGUCAAACCCCCACCUGUCCCAGAAGAAGAAGACCCCGCUCCCUCAGAAACUAAUACAGGUAUCACUGGUGAACCUGAACCAAUGGGUGAGAAGGAGUUGAGGGAAGCCUCCUAUGCUAUUGAUGCUUUUGGAGAACCCCUGGUGUCCAAAGCGUACAGUAAGACCUGGUCCUACAGAGAGGAUGCCUUACUGGCGGUGUACAAACAUGUCCAGGAGAGCAGCGUGUCCGCAAAAGAGGAGUGUCGCAACCUGCUGAAAGCCACCAUCUUCCUGAUCAAGAGAGCCAUCGACGAUAAAGUCUAUUCUGUGUUCAAAGCUGGUUUACAUCUGCUGAGAAUGAUUCUGACGGAAUACAUUCCUAAACACAAGUUAACAAAACAGGACACUAUCUAUGCUGUGGAGAAGACUAUGCCAAACCUUCUACAUAAGGGAGGAGACACUGCUCAGAGAAAUCGUGAGGAUGCCAAGAAUUUUGUACUGGAGGAGGCAUCACUUAUGGAAGUAAAGCCUACCAACAUUGUUCCACAUGAAUGUACAAAGCCUAUCAAGUUAUCACUGGCUCCUCGCCAAGCUCAGACACAGUGUGAAAUAGUGGAGGCUCUGUACCUGAAGCUUGGAAUCAAGUCAAACACUGGGCUGACUGUGGAGAACUUGAUGCAGUUCUGUGUGACUGCCCUGGGACAUAACUCAGACAAAGUGAGAGAGGUGGCUGAGCGAAUCAUCAAGGACCUGUACAAAGAGGUCAGGGACCCAGUCAAAGACUACCUCCCCCCGGACAACGAAAAGACCCGCAAAAUAACACUGUACCGCCAGCUGUUUGAGUACUUUGACAAAGUGGACGGGAAACCGACCAAAAAUGAUGUAAAGAGAAAGCGAGCAGAUGAUGAAAGAAAGAAACAGCAGGAGAUUGACAUGUUGCAACAGCAGCUUCAGCAACUGAAGGACAUGGCUGCUGGAAAACAGCCAAUCGAUGAGUCUGUCUUGGAGAACAAGAAAGGUGCACCAAGAAGACCUAGUAUUGCCUCAAAGAAAAUGGGACAGAAACAAGAUGCUGCAAAGAAAAAGCAACUUGACAAGAAAAAGAAGGAUGAUGAUGAUGUCUCUAUGUACAAUAUGGACAACAUCUGUAUUUUCUGUGGAGAGAGGAAUGAGAGCUUCACCGAGGAGGGACUAGAUCUCCACUACUGGAAGCAUUGCCCCAUGUUGAAGAGGUGCACCAACUGUAAACAGGUCGUGGAGAUUGCUAGUUACACGGAACAUUUACUGACGGAGUGUGAGGCCAAAACUAACUACCAGAAGUGCCCUAGGUGUACAGAAGCCAUCCCCAAGUCUGACUAUGAUGAACAUAUAGCAGCCAAAAGCUGUAACUCUGCCAGAGCGAGCAAUAACCACUGUCCUCUGUGUCACCAGAACAUAGCGUCAGGGGAGGAAGGAUGGAAGUCGCAUCUAAUGAGCAGGGAGGGCUGUAAGCAGAAUCCCAGACGGCUGUUGGCCCUCAACAAAACACCUGCUGCAGGGAAAAAAGCCGCACCUAAAGGAAAGAAAACUCCACGAUAAACAUUAAAACUCCUGGAUUUUACUAACAUUCGCUGAUUUUUGCAUCGCUGUGAUAUUAUAUGCCAGACUAUAUAUUUUACAGAAGAAAAAUACAAUCACUGGAUCUUCUUAGAGUAUCAAAAAACAGAAGUUAUCUCAGAAAACGGGAUGCAAUAUGUAGAAUAGCUACAUAUAUGUUUAUAACAGUAUAUGUAUAAUUUACUCAUAGACAAUGUACUAGAGCUGAUAUGUUCCAGAAAUCUCUUCUCACAGAGUAUGCUGAGAGUAUUGUGCCAAUCAAACAAAGGUGUGAAGAAAAAUCAGAAUCUCAGGACAUUUCCUAAAUAAUCGUUAAUUAACAUUUCUAUGAUUUUGGUUUUUGGAUCCUGUGUGAUUUGGUUAAAGUGAUGAGGUUUAUGGGCUUUUAUUCAUUAAUGGGCUUAAGUAGGGUACUUUUUUACCAGAUUAUCUUGUGUGAACCGAUUCAUUCUAACUUGUUCAGUUCACGUACUGCAGUUUUUGCUGUUAAUUUGUUUCAUACAGAUCACUGUACAGUUCUCCCAGCUUCUUCAUUACUUUUGAUAAACAUCAUACUGUAUUUCAAAUUAUCUGUACUAACAGCAAUGGUUGUGAGAAUCUAGUUUUUUUUUCUAGUGCCAGAUGUUCAGCUGAUAUAGUGUAUGCUACUAUGUAGUAGUCCCUGAUGUGUAUUUUGCUAUGUUUCCCUUUAUAAAAGAAUGUACUGUAUGCUAUAUCAGAUAGAUAUGGAAAGAAAAAAUGACAGUCAUUAAACAUGAUAGAUAUCA